AUGACGUCUGUUGUCGCGAAACAACACUCUGACGCAAAAGGGCGGAAGCGCAAGGCGCAUAGAAAGUCCCGUCAGGGUUGUGGAAACUGCAAAAUUCGCAGAGUCAAGUGUGACGAAGGCCGACCGGGGUGUCAAAAAUGUGCAUCAUUCGGUGUCUCUUGCAGCUAUGAGCCCGGCGCUGCUGAUUUACAGCCUUCUCGGGCAUCCACUUUCCAAUCAGAUGGCUACGGAUUUUUGCAAUUUCAAAAUCUGUCAGCGCCAGUACCACGGAAGUCGCCAUGUUCUUUGAAUGAUACAAUCCUUAGCAUGAUCAACACGUCGCAAGCAGCGGCAUUUUCCCCUAGACCUAGAGACUAUGACAGCAUACAUUCCGCAGUACCCCAGCGUCCGUAUCAACUGCGCGAACAUGACCUGGAACUGCUCUCCAUAUUCCAGGCUAGAACAGCUUGUUCCAUUGGGACAGAUGCAACACUGCCCAUCUACCGUAGAGAGUUUAUUCGACUGGCAUGUCAGCACCCCUUCCUCCUCCACAUGGUAUUAACUAUGACCCUACUACACGACCGCUAUCUCUCCCACUUCCCCCCCUGGCCACGCUCCUCAUCACCAUCCCAACUACACCUCACAUCCUCACCCAAAGCCCUUUUUCACUGGUACCUCGGCACCAUCCUCUUUAACACCAAACUCGCAAACCCCAGCCAAAUCGACCCAAGAGAGCGCGACGCCAUCUGGGCAGCCUCCGUUCUCCUUGGUGCCAUUACGUUUUCAUUCGUGGAUGCCAGCCGGGCAGAGGACUCGUGGCCGCUGAAGCCUUCUUCGCAUCUGGAUCCGAACUGGUUAGCCAUCAGCAAUGGGAAGAGGGAGGUUUGGAAGCUAGCUGACCCGCUGAGGGCGGAUAGUGUGUUUCGGGAAGCGUUGAUAGGUCCUGUUCAUGGGGAGACGGAUCAUAGCGCCCCUUCUACUGUCAUUGAUGGUCCUGGACUUAAUGUUGAUGACGGGUGGAGGUUUUGCUUCGCCUGCAGCUCCAAUUACUACUCCGUGAUAAGCUCAGUAUCAGCAUCAGACACAAUCUACACCCGCACCCCACCCCACGAAUUCCUCCUCCUACACCACUUCAUCACCACCACAUUCCCAGACCCAGACCCCAAAGUCAACCCCUAUCACACAGCCCUCACAACCCUCCACAGCCUCUUCACCACCCCCUUUAAACCACAUACCCCCAUCGCCCCCUUCAUCGCCUUCAUCACGCAUAUAGACCCCGCCUACCGCAACCUACUGCACCACAAGGAUCCGCUAGCGUUACUAUUACUGGCCUACUGGUACGGGUAUGUUUACGAAAACGAGAGCGAGCACGCACCCUGGUGGUUCUGGAGCCGUGCGAUGGUGGAGGGUCGGGCUAUUUGUAUGUACCUAGAGAGGAACGAGGCGGUGUUAAGCAAUAGGAAUGUGAUUGGGCGGGAUGUAGGAGGCCUGGUAGAUGAAUUGACCAUGAAGCAGUUGAUAAGCUGGCCAAUCCCGUUAAGACAAUACUUGUGUGAAAAUAAAUCCGAAAUCACAUUUGCGAAGCAUUAUCAGGCCAAUUUCCUCGUCAGGAAGACCGGACAAGAAACUCUGCAAAAUGACAAAGCUCGACAAUAA